CGCCAGGUAGCGCUUCUCUCGCCGGAAAAUCAGGAAAAGAGAAGAGCUUCACCGGUCGAGAGCCGACGUCGUCCUCCGUCGUCGGGUUUCGUCCGCCUGUAUUCGCUUCCGACCUUUCAAGAAGAAAUUCCUCCUCCUCGCCGCUUUUCGCAAUGAAGGGCUCCGGUACUCUCGUCGCCUCCAUGGUCGCCGCCUCCACCAUGGCUCUCUCCUCCUCCUCGUCUCCCACUCCCUCCGCUCCGGUCUUCACCCGCGCGGGGGGAAAGAAAGGAGGACAGAGUUCGCAGUUUGAGCCGAGAUUCGAUGGGCUUAGGUUCAUUGAGACGUUGGUGACAGCGCAUAGAUGAUGAAAGUAGGAGGACUGCAGAUCCCUUAUUUUAUGUUGAGGAGGACUUGGUUGGUUUGUGAAAUCCGCAAAUUGGAAUUCAGAGAGAAACUGCUCUCUUUUUUUUUUUUUGGUGAUGUGAUUGGGUCGGUUUUUGUGUUUGGUAUGUUCUCAAUCUCAUAAUCUCUAACUAAGAAAGCCUUUUUUGGGUGUUUCUUAUGGUCAUUUGUAGUGUUGGGAUUAAGUUUGUAUAAACAUUGUUAUGCCAACUGUUAGUUAUAUGCUG